AUGAAGACGAAGAAGAAGGGCAAGACGGUGCAAGCAGCUAACAAACGCCUCUUCUCCUCGAUUCCAUCGGCUCACGUUGAGCAUUACUAUGAAGGUGGGUUGGCAAUGGAGGAGGGUGUAGAGAGAGAAAGUAAGGGUCCGCAUAGUGUAACAGCCUCUCAUGAAUCAAUGAACCACAUUGUGUGA